AUGAAAAGACUUGGACUAUCAUCGAAUCAAUUGGAAGGUUCGAUUCCUGCGUCCAUCAUUGAACUUGAGAAUCUCGAAUUCCUUGACCUUAAGUGGAAUAACCUGAGUGGCACCGUGGAUUUACACAUGUUUCUCCAUAAACUCAAAUUUUUAGAACUAUUAGCUCUCUCGUCAAAUUCUUUAUCCCUGAUUACCAAAACCAACUUCCAUCCUGAAGUUCAACAACUGUGGUUUUUAGGAUUGGCUUCAUGCAACCUCAACGAGUUCCCGAAUUUCCUACACAACCUAGAUCAAUUGGAGAUUCUAGACCUUUCAUCUAACAAGAUAGCUAGCCAAAUACCUCAAUGGUUCUUGAACCGAAGUGUACAUAGUUUGCUAUACUUGAACCUUUCCCACAAUCUUUUGACUGGCUUUCGGAAUCAUUUCGAGUUUCUCCCAUGGACUCGUCUAGACAUUUUAGACCUUGGGUAUAAUAAAUUCCAAAGACCAUUGCAAGUUCCACCACCAUCAACCCGAGUCUAUCUGGUUUCACACAAUAAUCUGGUUGGCGAAAUUCCACCUCUCAUGUGCAAUUUGAGUCAACUGGAAGGUCUUGAUUUGUCUAAUAAUAACUUCAGUGGCAGGCUUCCACAAUGUAUGGGCAAUCUCAGCUAUAGCCUUUUAGCGUUGAAUUUGCGAAAUAACAAGUUUUGUGGAAGUAUUCCUUCAAUAUUUGUGAGUGGCACACAUCUGAAGUGGAUUGAUUUAAGCCAUAAUGAACUACAAGGGAGAAUUCCUAGAUCAUUAGCUAAUUGUAGAAAGCUGGAAUUUCUUGAUCUUGGAAAUAACCAAAUUAGUGAUGUUUUCCCCUCUUGGUUGGGAACACUUCCAGAGUUAAAGGUUCUCAUUUUGCAAGCCAAUCGGUUUUGGGGUGUAAUAAAAGAUCCUAAAACAAAUUUUGCCUCUCCAAAGUUGCGCAUCAUCGAUCUUUCUGGUAAUAGAUUUACAGGUAAUCUCCCAUCAAAAUACUUUCAAUCUUGGAAUGCCAUGAAAGUUGAAAAUGCAAGUGGGCUAACAUAUAUGGAGGAAGAAAUAAUCGACGUUUCAGCUGGUAUUGGUGAGGGAAUUCGUCUAUUCUAUUCUCUGUAUGCUAACUCGGUAGAGAUAAAUACCAAAGGCUUUGAGCUGAUAUAUGAGAAGAUCUCAAAUAUGCUCACAGCCAUUAUUUUCUCAAACAACCGAUUUGAAGGAGAGAUUCCAGAAUCUAUUGCUGACUUACGGGGGCUUCAUUUUCUCCGUCUUUCAAAUAAUUCUCUCUCAGGUCCCAUCCCCUCAUCCAUGGGCAAAUUAGUGGCUCUAGAAUCUCUAGACCUCUCUAAUAACAGACUCUUGGGACAGAUUCCUCCGGAACUAGCACAGAUCACUUUCCUUGCAUUCUUCAAUGUUUCAAAUAAUCAUCUUAUCGGCCCCAUACCACAAGGGAAACAAUUUGCCACGUUUGAGAAUGAUUCGUAUAAUGGGAACCCAGGAUUAUGCGGAAAGCCUUUAUCAAAACAAUGUGAAUCUUUUCAAUCUUCACAGAAACAAGACUCAGACUCGCAUCAGUCUCUGUUUGAAAUAUAUCUGGAAAUAAUUUUGAUUGGGUAUGCGAGUGGGCUAAUUGUUGGAGUGGUCCUUGGAAAUACCUUUGCUAAAUGA